ACCACCAUAUCCCCAUUUCCAUCCUAUCCAUCCCAUCCGUAAUUGCCAGUCCGGGUAAUUGUCGCUGUUGUUGUCUUUGUUCCGGCUGUUCGUGCAAUUCAAAAAUGAUAUGUGCCCGACUCGUUGGCCUUAUGCACCUUAAAACUCCGAUGAGCUGUGCGAAAAGCAUUUCACUUCCACCCGGUUGCUUGUUCUCAUAUUGAUUUUCUAAAUGUAAUGGGAAUUACACGGCACAUGCAUCAUUUUAUACUAAUUAUCCUUGCGGUAUGGCUGAACCUUUUGUUUCCUCACAGAAACCCGUUAAAAAUGCGUGGCAGAUGAAAGCAAUGGAUGCCAACAGGUAUGCCACCAAGAAGACGAUCGCCCAGGGCAUGUUGGACAUCGCCCUGCUGACCGCCAAUGCCUCCCAGCUGAAGUACAUCCUCCAAGUCGGCGAACAGCACCAGUUCUACAAGCUGAUGCUGAUCCUGAUCAGUCUAUCCAUAGUAAUGCAGGUCCUGUCGGGCGUGCUGAGCCUGUCCCUGAGCCUUCUGCGGGAUUGCCGGCUGCACCAGCCGGAGUUUCACCAGUCGGCCAAUAUCAUUAACCAUGUGCGCACGGGCUUCGCCUUUUUCACGACCAUGAUAAAUCUGUUUAUCUCGGCCUUUGACAGUCGACUGCCCCCGCCACAAGGCGACUUUCUUAACAACUAGGUGUAGAGGGUGGGAAUGGAAGGGUCCCUAGAGGGAUCGUCUCUCGCUUUUGGACUUAAUUCAUUCCCUAUCCAUUUCGACAGCUUUUGGUGGGCAUUCUGUUUGUGGUCAUCGGCAGUCUCAACAUAAACAGGCAGCAGGAUCAGACGGCAGCGGUGAUCCUGAACGAUGUCAUUUUGGUGGUCGUGUUCAUAAUAUCCGUGGUGAACGUUAUCAUAUCCGGU